CAGAAACCGUCGAAAUCCCACACCCGAAACGCCGAGUCCACGCCUGACGACCUCCCCGCGCGCCUCCCCUCCUCUUGUCAACAAUUAGUCGGACGAUUUUUUUGAAAGCCGGCAGUAUCCGUUUUUCGCCCACCAUGUCCUACGACGAGCGCGUGAAUGCGCGCCCCAACCUGGGCGACGAAUCUGAUGUCGAGGAAGAAGCUCUGGUCAACGACUACCGCGAACAGGUAAACUUCGACGAUGGAAUGAGCGAGUUGGAUCGGACUACAUCACUCGGAGCUGCUUCUCAGACGCAGGACCUGCAGGCACAGCUCGCCGCUGCCGCCACUCCUUUGGAAUACCAGGCCACACUAGAGACAAAGUUUGCCAGCUACGACAACUACUGCAGUCUGUUCCAUUACAUCCUCAACUCCGAUGGUCCGGUGGAAUUGGAGGUUCCUUCUUACUACUGGGCCUGGGAUGUGAUCGAUGAGUUCAUCUACCAGUUCGAAUCCUUCUGCCGCUACCGUAACCGCGUUGCCCGCAGCGGCUCCAACGAGGAGGAAGCUCAGCUUCUCCGCGAGAACCCCAACACCUGGGGCUGCUACUCCGUUCUUAACGUCCUCUACUCCCUCAUCCAAAAGUCGCAGAUCAACGAGCAGCUGGCCGCUAUGAAGCGUGGUGAGGAUGCCGCCGCCUUUGCUGGAGAAUACGGUUCCCGCCCACUCUACAAGAUGCUGGGAUACUUCUCCAUCAUUGGAUUGCUUCGCGUCCACUGCUUGUUGGGUGAUUUCAGCCUCGCCCUCAAGACCCUCGACGACAUCGAGAUGAACAAAAAGGCCAUGUUUGCCCGUGUCAUGGCCGCCCACUUCACCACAUACUACUAUGUCGGUUUCUCCUACAUGAUGAUGCGCCGCUACGGAGACGCCAUCCGCAUGUUCAGCCACAUCCUGGUCUACGUCUCCCGGACCAAGAACUUCCAAAAGGGCGGCAACAGCUACGACGCCAUUGCCAAGAAGAACGACCAGAUGUACGCUCUGAUCGCCAUCUGUGUUGCUCUCCACCCCACACGCCUCGACGACACCAUCCACUCUGCCCUCCGUGAGAAGUACGGCGAGCAGCUCAUCCGCCUCCAGCACGGCGGACCCGAAGCUCUUCCCCUCUUCGAGGAGCUUUUCCGCUCAGCCUGCCCCAAGUUCAUCAGCCCCACCCCUCCUGACUUUGACAACCCAGCCCUGAACGUCGACCCCGUCGACCACCACACCGCCAUCUUCAUGGAUGAGGUCAAGAACACCUUGUACAACCCCACGAUCCGGUCUUACCUCAAACUCUACACAACGAUGGAUCUGAAGAAGCUCGCCGGCUUCCUCGAGGUCGAGCCCGAGAAGCUACGCUCGUGGCUGCUCAUCAACAAGCAGCGCAGCCGCCAGGUCCGCUGGGUUGAGGGCGGACUGCUCGAUGGCGAGUCCGUCAGCGCCAACGACCUCGACUAUGCUCUCGAGAAAGAUCUCAUCCACGUCAGCGAGACCAAGGCCGGACGACGCCUUGUGGACUGGUACCUGAGGAACCUCGCCCGUGUCUACUAAAUUGCCAUCUAUGCGCUGCUUGACACGUGUUGAAUUCUGCAAAACAAAAUGAGAUGCGCCUUGGCAUACCCCCAUCUGGAGACCAAAAGAUAGGUACUUCAUAUAGCAAUGAGAGGGUAAUUUGCUGAACAAGGGCUGUGGUGGUUGGUGUAUUCAUGGAUGAGGUCAUGCGGGUUCCUCGAGAUGUGGAAGCGGAAGGGGAAGAGAAGAGACAGAUGAUGAUGUUUUAUAAACGACUUACCAUGUCUCCCUUUAUUUGUCCCUUGCUAGCAUCAUGACUUUUUUCUUCUCUCUGAUUGCAUUGUCCACGCUUAGGUUUUAAUUCAAGGGUCUAUUGCGGCCCUGACCUGGGGUUUUAGGAUUGUUGGUUGAAGUCAUACAAAAGGGAUUGCGAGGACUUCAUCUGUCAUGUAUUUGAUUUUGCUCUUUUUUCUUUAUUUAUUGUUCGAUAUGUGAUAUGUCUCCGGCUAUGCACUCCGAUCCUGCAUGGUACAAAAAAGGACUCUGGUUAGUUGAGGAGAUGAUGUUGGUACAAGAAUAUGACAAAAAUUUAAAACAAUCACUUGAUUUGCAGUCUUAUAGACAAGAAAGUACAAUUGGUAAUGUAGCAUGCGCUUCUCUAUAUUCUCGACGUAAUAAGCAUGAUAUACAAGAGUGAGGAUGAUAUAACCGCUCUAUCAAAACAGUGAAGUAUACACAACCGUCUCCUUUCUCCGCAAGAUGUGACAAAGAAAGACCGUUAAUCAACGACAUCGAAGCUCGUCCCACAACCACAGCUACUUGUAGCCCGUGGGUUAUCGACGAUCUUGAACUGGCUGCCAAUAAGCUCUGUUGUAUAAUCAACUGUGCUACCGGAAAGGAGCUCAAGCGAUGGUUCGUCCAUGACGACCUUUGCAUUCCCGCCAGAGGAGCCCUCUGCGGAUGAAUCUGCUUCGGCUUCGAAAAUGGUGUCUUCUUCCGCGUGAAUCUUGGACGCGGCUUCGAGAGACAUCAGGUACUGGAAGCCAUGGCAGCCUCCGCUGGUUACUGUGAUUCGGAGGUGGUGGUACGGGUUUUCGUCUUUUGUUGCGGAGGGUGAUGUUGAUGGGUCGGUGAUUUGGCGGAGGCGCUUGUGUUGUUAGUUAGAUGGUUUCUGAAACAGAAAGGACAGAACCGAAAAAAAGAGACACGGAUGAAGGACCGAGGC